GCCGGGAGGAGGGUGGGUCUCCCCAGAGCGGAGCGCAGGAGUCCUCCUCCUCCGCCGCCCAGGCCGCCGCCGCCCUCCCGACUCCUGCCGCGCUCCGCGCGGAACUCCGAGCGCAGUGCCGAGCGCGGUCCGAUCGGCGCAGCCGAGGCCCGAGAGCCCGUGGGACGAGCCGCUCGCGGUGCAGAUUCUUCUUAAUCCUCUGAAGACUCUGGGAAACAGGAUGGCUGCAAAUAAACCCAAGGGUCAGAAUUCUUUGGCCUUACACAAAGUCAUCAUGGUGGGCAGUGGUGGAGUGGGCAAGUCUGCCCUGACUCUGCAGUUCAUGUAUGAUGAGUUUGUAGAGGACUAUGAACCUACUAAAGCAGACAGCUACCGGAAGAAGGUAGUGCUGGACGGGGAGGAGGUGCAGAUCGACAUCUUAGAUACAGCUGGGCAGGAGGACUACGCUGCAAUUAGAGACAACUACUUCCGGAGUGGGGAGGGCUUCCUCUGUGUCUUCUCUAUCACAGAGAUGGAAUCCUUUGCAGCCACAGCUGACUUCAGGGAGCAGAUUUUAAGAGUAAAAGAAGAUGAGAAUGUUCCAUUUCUCCUGGUUGGUAACAAAUCAGAUUUGGAAGAUAAAAGGCAGGUUUCUGUAGAAGAGGCAAAAAACAGAGCUGACCAGUGGAAUGUUAACUACGUGGAGACAUCUGCUAAAACACGCGCCAAUGUUGACAAGGUAUUUUUUGAUUUAAUGAGGGAAAUUCGAGCCAGAAAGAUGGAAGACAGCAAAGAAAAGAAUGGAAAGAAGAAGAGGAAAAGUUUAGCCAAGAGAAUCAGAGAAAGAUGCUGCAUUUUAUAAUCAAAGCCCAAA